UCCUUUACCAACACCCCAUCCUAUCGCACCCCGGUCACGUAUCACAAAUUCGUAAAAGAGCUGCAGCAAGCAUACACUCUGAAACGAAUGGCUUAUCUUAAGAGCGUUAUUAUAAUGCUUUUAAGUUAUGCGUAUUCACGGUCGUGGCUCCACAACCACGCCAUUGAAGCCGGUGGUCCUGGCAAUCCUCAUUCCCAUAUCUUCUUCCUCGACACGAUAGCUUACUGGCUACAUUCUACCGCUUUCUCUAUUCGUGACAACUUGAGUUCAAUGAGGUCUUGGAAGCUCACCGCCUCUACGUCAGCUUCCAAAUAUCUAAGAUCGAAGGGUAAUCCUGUGACAGUGGCUUAUCUCUCGGACAUCAACCCAUUCUAG